AUGACGAAACUCCUUCACGGCUUCUGCGUUAGCAUCUGCUUCACGUCUGAGCAAGAAGCUGAGAGCGAAAUAGGCAAGGGACUUGCCAGCUACCCACUAAUAAACGUCAAGCCCCAACCGCAUGCACUCCUACCCCCCAUACCCCCCAUCGCCUUCCCGCCUUUUAAGGCCUACGAUCGAAAACCCCUCGCUAACAUCAAAGUCUUCGAAAUAACGCGCAUCAGCACCGGCCCGCAAAUUAGGAAAAUCCUAGCCAGCUUGAGUGUUAACCGGCUGCAUCUGCCCGAUAUCAAUGUCAUGCAACUGACGCUCAGAGCGGGGAAGUGGACGUGUGCUAUUGACCUGUAG